AUUUCUUAACUUUUAUGCAAAAUUCUUAUAUAGCGAGUAAAACUGAGCGAGGACAAAUAUUCCGCACAAUCAAAGUACCUAUCAUUACAACAUGAUCAUAUAUGGACUCAAUAUCAACUAUUCUCAUGAACCCAUCAAUGGUAUAAGCGUAUGGCGCUAAAGUGAAGCACAUAAUAUACUUCUACAUCAUAUCAUAUUAUAUCAACAUUUUAGUUUACUUGACCAAAACCUCUAUAAAGAUUUUGUUAAUCAUUACUUAAAUCCUUAAUUUGUUGGGUUUAAUAAUAAUCACCACCUCUAAACACUCCUAUUUUAGAGAUUAAGGAAAGUUGCUGAGUUGGGAAGAAGGAAGAAGAAGAAGAAGGCAAGUGUCAUAUACAGUCGCCUCAGUCGGUUGCUAAAAGCCAAGCUUUUUUGGCCAAAUUGCACAUUGGCAAUGGUUACAAUUUUCUAAAAAUACUGUCUUCUUCUCAUUGCAAAUCGUCGAUUUUUCUUGAAGCUGGGUUCCAAUAAUUUCAUUUUGUUUAAGAAAAAAAAGGUGAUCAAGUGAUUAGGGUAAAUAAUAAUGAGUGGAGCUGUAUUAGUUGCAAUUGCUGCAACAGUUGGGAAUUUACUUCAAGGAUGGGAUAAUGCUACUAUUGCUGGAGCUGUGUUAUAUAUUAAGAAAGAAUUUGACUUGGAGACUGCACCAACAAUGGAAGGCUUAAUUGUAGCCAUGUCACUUAUUGGAGCCACUCUUAUCACAACAUGCUCUGGGCCAAUUUCAGAUAAUAUUGGCCGUCGGCCUAUGAUGAUAAUCUCUUCUAUUUGUUUCUUUAUUAGUGCAUUAGUAAUGUUGUGGUCUCCCAAUGUUUAUGUUUUACUUUUGGGUCGGCUGCUAGAUGGAUUUGGGAGUGGUUUGGCCGUUACAUUGGUUCCCCUUUAUAUAUCUGAGACAGCGCCAACUGAAAUAAGGGGUUUGUUGAACACACUCCCUCAGUUCACUGGUUCUGGUGGAAUGUUUGUUGCGUACUGUAUGGUUUUUGUGAUGUCGUUAAUGGAAAAUCCCAGUUGGAGAUUGAUGCUUGGGAUUCUUUUGGUUCCAUCGAUAAUUUAUUUUGGAUUAACUAUAUUCUUCUUACCCGAGUCUCCUCGGUGGCUUGUUAGUAAAGGACGAAUGAACGAGGCUAAAAAGGUUCUUCAACGAUUGCGGGGCAGGGAAGAUGUCUCUGCUGAAAUGGCUCUGCUUGUUGAGGGUCUUGGAGUUGGAGGGGACACAUCUAUAGAGGAAUACUUAAUUGAGCCAGAUUCCGGCUUAACCGAGGAUCAUGAUCCAAUGGUUGUCAAAGAUCAGAUUAAGUUAUAUGGAUCUGAAGUAGGCCGUUCCUGGGUUGCUCGACCCGUCACUGGCCAGAGUAUGCUAGGCCUUGCAUCUCGUCAGGGAAGCCUUCAGAGUCCUAGUGUUCCCUUAAUGGACCCGCUUGUCACACUUUUUGGUAGUGUACAUGAGAAGCUUCCUGAACAAGGAAGCAUGCGAAGUGUCAUUUUCCCAACGUUUGGUAGUAUGUUUAGUAUGGGUGGGAAAGAGCCAAGAAAUGAAGAAUGGGACGAGGAAAAUGUUCAUGUGGAUGAUGAUGAUGAUUAUGCUGGUGAUGAUGAUUAUGCGGACGAUGGCGAUGAUGAUGAGAAUUUACGAAGUCCACUUAUAUCUCGUCAGGCCACAGGUAUAGAUAAAGCCAUGGUUGCUCCUGCCUCGGGUAGCAUGUUCAGCAUGAAGCCGAGUGGUCUAAUACAAGGAAGUGAAGCUAGUGGUAUUGGUGGUGGUUGGCAGCUCGCUUGGAAAUGGAGUGAGAGAGAAGGUCCUGACGGAAAGAAGGAAGGAGGCUUUAAAAGACUUUAUUUACACCAAGAGGGGGAUGCUGGAUCUAAACGAGGAUCGUUAAUGUCUCUUCCUGGUGGGGAUGUUGUCGGUGAGACCGAGUAUGUUAAGGCAGCUGCACUAGUGAGUCAACCUGCCCUUUAUUCGAUGGAGAUCUUGGACCAGCGUCCUAUUGGGCCAGCGAUGGUUCACCCUUCGCAGGCGUCUGCAAAAGAGUCUAUUUGGAGAGAGCUUAAAGAACCUGGUGUUAGGCGUGCGUUGGUUGUUGGUGUCGGAAUUCAAAUUCUUCAGCAGUUCUGUGGGAUAAAUGGGGUUCUCUAUUUCAUCCCUCAAAUUUUGGAGCACGCAGGGGUUGGUGUUCUUCUUUCACACAUAGGUAUUGGGGCUUCUUCGGCUUCGUUGCUCAUCAGUGCACUUACAACCCUUUUGAUGCUUCCUGCUAUUGCUGUUGCAAUGAGGCUUAUGGAUAUUGCUGGAAGGAGGUCUUUGCUGCUGACAACUAUCCCUGUAUUAUUCAUUUCUCUCGUUGCUUUAAUACUCGGAAAUGUCAUAAAAAUGAAUGCGAAUGCGCAGGCAGUGAUUUCUACCGUCUCCGUAGUUCUCUACUUCUGCUUCUUUGUAAUGGGAUUUGGUCCGAUCCCUAACAUUCUGUGUGCGGAGAUAUUCCCGACCAAAAUUCGUGGUGUUUGCAUUGCCAUUUGCGCACUUACCUUUUGGAUCUGUGAUAUUAUAGUCACCGACACACUCCCUGUGAUGCUCCAAGCUGUUGGACUUUCCGGUGUGUUUGGUUUUUAUGCCGUUAUCAGUGUAAUUUCAUGGGUUUUUAUCUUUCUAAAGGUUCCGGAGACUAAAGGUAUGCCCCUUGAGGUGAUUACGGAAUUCUUUGCUCUCGGAGCAAGACAAGCUUCUGAUGACAAAAACUGAUGCGGUUUUUAUAGGGUAAGGGUGGUUUCCUUCUUCUAUUUGUGGACAUUUAUUGUAUAUAGAGUAUCUAUUGUAGCCCCUUUGGUUACAAUUUUUCUGAACAUUUUGAUGUAAAAUUCCAGACAUUAUUUCCAUAAUGGUUCUGUAUUUGACCAUUCAGAAGAUUAAGCUUUCUAC